CCUUCUUCCCCUCACCCAGUGCACCUUUACACUCGGACUGAAUUGUCAUUCCAUACACAUAUAUUUUGCCUGCCCUAAAAAUGGGUGUUCCAAAUAAUGGCCUGCACGAACUGGAGCGCCAGCGCCUCGAACUUGAGGGGAACAUCUCGAAGCUGCAAGAUUCCCUUUACCACUGGAGGACGUGGGAGGCCGAAUACGAUGGCCUCAGAGAAGAGAUUAACGAACUAGGUGAUGAUGCGACAAUAGAUGACUACAUCCGAGUGGGCCGCGACUUCGGCGGCUCCUUGGUCAAUGAGGAAGAAGUCAAAGUCAUUCUGGGAGAGAAGCAGGGUGUGACACGAACGAAACAACAGGUGGUCGAUCUGGUAACGAGGCGGAUUGACUAUGUGAAGCAGAAUGCUGCUACUAUAGAGAAACGACUACGUGCGGCAGAGAAUGAAAUGUAUACGCUCGACUCGCAGGAUCAACUUCCGGCAGAACCUACAGCGGACUUUCCGAUGACAGAGAUUUUCGAAGAACUUGAUGAGAACGGCGAUGUGAUUUCGAGCACAACCACCACACCCGGAAGCCAGGCACCGGAUCUUUUGCAGGUCUUGAAGAAAGCUGGUGUUAAAGAUAUACCGGAUGUGGUCAAGGCCGACACGUCAGUUCCAAGUUCGUCACAAUCAACAACCCAGCCUACGGAGGAGGCCAGUACAAAGGAUCACAUCUCUAUUGUUGAUGAGCCUUCAACCUCGAGUUCCGGAAGCAAUGAUCAGGAGGAUAAGCCUGCUGCGUUAGAUCCGACCAUUGAAGUUCACGGCGAGCGUCCUGUUACCGAAGUUGAUGAACCCCCAGAGGAUGCCCAAUUACGCCGCGAAAUGUUGCAAUACAGUCUGAAUGAAGUAGGGUCUGUUGUGGCCGAACUUGAGUUGGAUGAGGGUGCAAGCGAUAUAUCUGUUGAUGAUGAAUAUGACGCUUAUGAAUUUGAUGAUGAUGACGAUGAAGAAGAGGAUGAGUACGGAAGAAGCACUGGACGUGUCCUGAGCGAAGACUAUCACCGCCAGAUGCGCGAGUUAGAGCAAAAGCUCAACGCUCGAGGAAUGUGGAAUGCUGGAAAAGACACGGAGUCGCUUCCGACUGAUGUCAAGCAGGACCUGGAGCAGCCUAUUGUUGUCCAUGUCGAGAAGAGCGCGGACGCGAGCAGCGAGCCCGUUGAGAAUAAGAAACCGAAGAAGAAGGUUGCUUUUGCUGACGAACUCGAUAUCGCCCCGGCUCCUAAGCCUCCGACUAUCGAGAAGAAGGCCGUUCCGGUCCGGGAAUCGAACGUGCCUGUUCUGUCAGACUCUGUUGUUGAACGCACAGGGUCCGUUGAUAAGGAACCUGUUCAGAAUGCUGCCCCAAAGAAAGCCUCCCGUUUCAAGAGUGCCCGGAAGACCAGUGCAACCGAAGAGGCCACUGCUUCAACAUCACAAUCGAGCGGCAGCACUCGGCCCGCUGAACCUCGCUCAGCUCUGCGCAAGACCGAGGCGUCGUCGACAGUAUCAUCUUUGCCUCUGUUCCCUGCAAAACCAGCGGAGCCCAAGCCUUUCUCCCAGCCUAUCUCCGAGGUCAUCGGGAAAGACUCUACACCCAGGGGCCCCGAAGGGAAGAUCCUUGCGGACACACUCGUUGAACGUGAGGUCCCGGUUGGUCCGGCAGCAGCACCAGAGCCCGAUGAGCUUGACGAGCAGCUGCAUAAGAAGGAGAUCGCAACCGAGUUCUACAGGAUACGGAACAGGAUGGUCCAGCAAAACGGCGGCUUUAUGGGCGAGGAGCCCGAAAUAGUGCCCAUCGAGACCGAAGACGCUCCCAGACGAGUGAGCAAAUUCAAGGCCGCCCGCACGAGGUAAUCAUCUAGGUAGAACGAACACAGAUACCCAAUCUACUGCAAGGAUGCAAGCGACAUUUCGUUCUCCACGUAGACAUUCAAGGAAAGGACUGAAGCAAGGUAGCCUCUACCUUGGCAUGGCUAUACUACUUCCCAUGGUAUAGUCAUUGAGUUUCAAGUCCAAGAUUAAGUAAGAAUCAGAGGGCUCUCUGACUGUGCUUCAGUUACUGGGUGUAUUGGGCUC